CCCCCACCUCACCUCCUACCACUACUGUCUGCUAUGCUUCUUUGCCUGUCAUCCCCUAUGAAGCCCGCGAGCAGUUCCUCCGGUUCCUGCUGCUCUCUCCCGUUCGAGGAUUCCCGCCGGUGGACGUAAAUCCCUCCCCGCAUUCCCAUCGGACCGUUGCCGAGGUCCGCCGACACUGAACAAGAUGGAUGUCCUCAUGUCCCAUCUCGACACCCUCGUCACAAACCCCGAUAUCGCCCCCCUCCUCUCUCUCCUCAAGGGUAUUCGAAAUGGCGCUGUCUACGGAGCUAAAGUGCGGUUUCCGCAUGCGCUGGUAAUGAUUUUCCUCUUCCGAUCCGGAACCAUCCGCGAAAAAGUCAAGCUCGUAUUCAAAGCCACGCGCCAACACGCCCGAAACCUAGCCACCUUCGCACUGAUUUGGAAAUCCGUCAUGAUUGUUCUCCGGAACGUGAAUUUCGCUGCGCCGGGCAAGGAAGGUCGAUAUGAUAGUUUCCUUGCGGGGUUGGCGGGCGGGUAUGCUGUGUUUGGGAGACAUAAGACGAGUAUUACGCAGCAGAUCGUCAUCUACGUCUUCGCGCGCGUCGUCCUCGCAAUGGCAAAACUCGCCGUUCGGCCAAAUAUGCAUCCGCUUUCAUCAUUGAUUACGUCUGACGCGAGAGCCAAGAUCGAGGGUCAUGCGUGGCCGGUCUUUGCGAGCCUGACGUGGGCGUUUGUGAUGUAUAUCUUCAGAUGGCAUCCGGAUACCCUUAUGUCGAGUUUGAGGAGUAGUAUGGUGUAUAUAUACGCGGACUCGGAUCACUGGGAUUCGUUCCGGAACUUUUUGAUACACAAUAAAUAGGUGUUGGGUUGGGGGUUUGUGUUACGGUGCGGGCGUAUACAGGUGUUUGUCUCUAUGGGUAUUUUUAUGGGAUGUGGCUUGGUUAGGGGUGAGCCCUCCGCUGGCGGGUGGGGAUGUAUAUGAUAGAGAGUGUGGUGUGGUGUGGUGAUGAUGAUGUUUAUUCGGGAGAGUAUAGUUGAAAGUGGACUGUUGAAAGUACCUCAGUCACUUCCUAUGCUCGGUGAAUAGUAUACCAGACAAUUUGUAAAUGAGGAUCUCGGAAUCCGACACUUAGCAAUACCAGCUUGCUGCCACUGAUCAGAGUAUCACAACCAGAUCAAUCAAAU